GGCAAACGGGCUGCAAAAAACAAUUACGAGUCUGCAAAGGAUAAGGCCUGCGAGGGUAAAGAGUCCGCAAAAGAUAAGCUCCACGAGGGCAAAGAGGCAGCAAAGGAUAAGGCUCACGACGGCAAAGAGGCUGCAAAGGAUAAGGCUCACGACGGCAAAGAGGCUGCAAAGGAUAAGGCUGCGAGGGCAAAGAGGCUGCAAAAGGAUAAGCUCCAUGAGGGCAAAGAGGCGGCAAAGGAUAAGGCCGAGGCUGCAAAGGAUAAGCUCCACGAGGGCAAGGAAGCGGCAAAAGAUAAGAGUCGUUCCUCUGGGACAGAAUUUCAUAGCAGACCGCGGUUUCCCCGUGAAUUCUCGAAACGGCUUGAAGUACAUAUUCGGCCCGGGAAGUGUUUCAAGAUUUCUUUGAGUAAGGCAGGCGAGUCCGUCCAAAUGAAAAUCAAAUCAACUACUACCGCUUACAAAAUGAGUAACAAUUCUGGAAUGUUGGCUAGCGCUGGUGAGAAAGCCCAGGAAUUAACUAACAAAACCACCGAUAUGGUAUACGGUGCCGGCGCUGCAGUAAAGGAUACUCUGGCGUCUGGAUACGGGAAGGUCGCAGAUACCAUGUCAGCCGGCUAUGAAAAGGUUGCUGGUGCCUCACAGGAAGCCGCUGAUAACGCUGGAGAGAAAGUCGACGAGGGCAAACGGGCUGCAAAGAACAAUUACGAGUCUGCAAAGGAUAAGGCUCACGACGGUAAAGAGGCUGCAAAGGAUAAGGCCUGCGAGGGUAAAGAGUCCGCGAAAGGUAUGCUCCAUGAGGGCAAAGAGGCGGCAAAGGAUAAGGCUGAGGCUGCAAAGGAUAAGCUCCACGAGGGCAAGGAAGCGGCAAAAGAUAAGUCUGGAGUUUUGGCUAGUGCUGGUGAGAAAGCCCAGGAAUUAACUAACAAAACCACCGAUAUGGUAUACGGUGCCGGCGCUGCAGUAAAGGAUACCCUGGCGUCUGGAUACGAGAAGGUCGUAGAUACCGUGGCAGCCGGCUAUACAAAGGUUGCCGGUGUCUCAAGGGACGCCUGUGAGACUGCUGCAGAGAAAGUCGACGAGGGCAGAGAGGCUGCAAAAGAAAAUUACGAGGCUGCAAAAAAUAAGGUCUAUGAGGGCAAAGAAGCUGCAAAAGACAAGCUUUACGAAGGCAAAGAAGCUGCAAAGAUAAGGCUGAUUAUGCAAAAGAUAAGGCUGAGGAAAACCGAGAUUACUUGA